AUGAAAUUGGAUUGGUCGAAUCCAUUAUUGAAAAUUCAGGCUAUGGCCUUUAUCCCUCUAUGUAUUGGAAAUUUUUUCCUGUUUAUCGCUUUAUUAACUCCUGCAUGGCAGGUAGCAGAGGAUACAGAUGCUCAUCGAUACAUGCAAAGUGGGUUAUGGAUGUACUGUCCCGGUGGUGUGCCUUGUUGGUAUAUUUUUAGUGAUAAUCUCAUUAAUUACUACGAAAAAGUAGAUGUUUGCCGAUUUUUAUUAAUUGGUGAUUGCCGUAAAAAACUCAUCAAAACUCCAUAUUUUUUUGGAUGGCAUUAUGCUGUUCUCAUUCUACUUCUGUUUUCGUUUGCAUUUGGCCUGAUUGCCGCAGGAAUUCUGGCGUUUAGUGUAUUUCGAGUGAGCAGAGUUCGAUUACUCACAAUUAUCUAUAUGCUAUUUAACUUUUUAUCCUUCCUAUUCAUAUCAGUGGGAUUGGCUGUUUUUGUGAUUAAUGCCGAAAUGCUAGAAUCGCGUUUUCUGAUUGGUAUUAAAAAUACCUUUAAGAAGGAAUACGGUUAUUCAUUUUAUCUUGCUGGAUUAGCAUGCAUGUUUCUCAUGUUUAGCUUAUUGGCUGCCGUAAUGAUAAAAACUUAUAUAUUUUUCACGAAACGCGGGCGCAAUUAUGUAGAAGAAGCAAAACUUAGAAAUCCUAGUCCAUCAUCAUGGCGAUCCUUUAUGGGCAUGAAGAAACUGAAGGGCAUAGUAAAACAUCCUAGCAGUCAGACAAGUUCAUACCCGACGAUUCCGGUUUUCCAAAAUGUCUUCGAACAACCACCGCGACCAGGUAGCAAUACAGCAUCGCAGACGGUAACACCGCUGCCACCAGAAUAUAUGUCAACAACCAGAACAUUCCUCAGCUAUUAA